UGUUUUUGCUGCUGGGGUCACACUGAUAUGUUCACAGAGAGAGCUGAUUGUUAAACAGCGAAAUGAUGCCCAACACUGCUGAGACUGACAUUUAGGGAAGUUUAAUAGACAAUAUUGUAGUUAAGUGUUGGCUAUGAGUAGAAAGGGUCAGAAAUACACAGCUCUGACAACUCCAAUUCGUCCCGUCUGGAAGCUGAUUGGCUUAAUUAAACGUCGGGCUCAGUGUCUGUAAGAAAAACUAUUGAAGAGAGCCAUCCUAUGUUUCCAGGUGCAGCUCCGAUAUGACUAAGAGAAGCUCCUCUCUGCAGCUUGUCAAAAGAGGUUAGGUACAGGUGAACAUUUCCAUUACGAAAUGUGACAGGAUGCUGAACCAUCACUGCAGAAGGAACCCUGAGCUUCAUGAGGAGCUACAGAUCCAAGCGGCAGUGGCAGCAGGGGAUGUCUGCACUGUCAGGAGAAUGCUGGAGCAGGGAUACUCGCCUAAAAUCCGCGAUGCCAACGGCUGGACACUGCUUCACUUCUCUGCUGCCAAAGGAAAAGAGAGAUGUGUGAGAGUCUUUUUAGAGCAUGGAGCUGACCCCACAGUGAAGGACUUUAUUGGUGGCUUCACAGCACUUCACUAUGCUGCUAUGCACGGCAGAGCACGCAUCGCCCGGUUGAUGCUAGAAUCUGAGUUUCGCAGCGACAUUAUAAAUGCAAAAAGCAACGAUGGCUGGACGCCACUGCACGUGGCUGCCCACUACGGUCGAGACUCGUUUGUGCGCCUCCUCCUCGAGUUCAGGGCCGAGGUGGACCCGCUGAGUGACAAAGGGACCACACCACUACAGUUGGCCAUCAUCCGUGAACGCUCCAGUUGUGUACGGAUCCUCCUGGACCACAGCGCCAACAUUGACAUUCAAAAUGGCUUCCUGCUCCGAUAUGCUGUCAUCAAAGGCAAUCACUCCUACUGCCGCAUGUUCCUGCAAAGGGGAGCGGACACUAAUCUCGGACGUCUUGAAGACGGCCAAACCCCCCUGCACCUGUCAGCCCUCAGGGACGAUGUGUUGUGCGCCCAGAUGCUCUACAUGUACGGAGCUGAUACCAAUACGAGGAACUACGAGGGCCAGACACCCGUAGCUGUAUCUGUUAGCAUGUCUGGGAUCAGCCGGCCCUGUCUGGACUUCCUGCAGGAGGUCACCAAACAGCCUCGGACUCUACAGGACCUGUGUCGAAUAAAAAUCCGUCACUGCAUUGGCCUUCAAAGUUUGAAAUUCUUGGAGGAGCUACCAAUCGCAAAGGUUAUGAAAGACUAUUUAAAACACAAGUUUGACAACGUGUGAAGACGACGACAGUAGAAAAGGAGAGGUUUUUACUGUGAACUCUCUGCUAUUGUUUAUAAAGACUAUGCAAUCACUAUGAUCCUCGUCUGGAAGAAAGGUUCACAGGUCUGUUCUGUACACGCUGAAGGGACAGUUAGUCCAGUUUGUCCGUCUAGUUCGAUGCAUUUUCUGCUCCUGUUCUCCAGUUCAGCCUUUUUACAGUUGGAAAUGGAUCUGCCUCACUUGAGCAACGGCGAUGGUGUUUGUGUGAAAAGAGAACCUCAUUUUACAACAGAUAGCAUUGUUACAGUUAUUACCAUUUAUGUUACUGUAAAAAUAUGCAUGAUGUUAUCCUUACUGGGUCCUGUUGUCAUCAAGUGCAUACUUGCCAGUUAGUCCAUUUUAAUCUCCCCACCCUCCAUCUUUUUUGUAAGUUAUAGAAAGCUAAACCUAAAUUGCUGCAGUAAUAAUUUUCUUUCCGACUCAAAAGUGUUAAGCUUAUUGGAUAAUGAUCCCUUAAAAAACAUCUACAAGGUACACUCCCUGGUUUCAUUUUAUCACCCAAUAGUGAGGAUAAAAUCACAAAAAAGCCUAGCUCCAAAUCAUCACCCACAUGUCCAAAUUGUUCAGUGGCAUAUUAAGCAAACACCACUCUUGUUGUGCUCAUUGACCAGUUAUUUCAAGUGAAACCAGUCAGAGCUUGGCAGGUGAGAUAAGCAAUGGGACAUCAUCUUCUUACAGAGGUAGCUAUGUAGGAAGAGAAAAGCCGUGUUAACGUUUGUGCUCAGUUCUGCUUUGAACAGAAAGCAGGAAGAGGAAGCAAAAUGUGGAGCUAUAGACGGCUGUGCGAUGGACAGUCAGAUUUGUUUUUGUUGCAGGACUGACUCCGAACUGCAGCAGACACAACAUUAGAUGUACUACUCUAAUGAUAUUAAAGCAAGCUCAUUACAGUACACUGCAACACACCAUUUUCAACCUAGAAAUCCAUCUGAUGUGCCAGUCAGACAGCCACACACACACACACACACACACACACACACACACACACACACACACACACACACACACACUGAAUGUCAGAAACAACAGUCCACCUGGUGUCAGUUCAGCUCAAAGGUCAGUUUGAAAAUGUGUGGGGUGCAACCUGUUUGGAGUAGAAUUAAAUGACACUUUAGCCUUAUUAGUAGGCUACAUAAUGGCCUCCAUGCUCACUGCUGAUGUGUUAGAACGGAAUAGAAUUUUACAAUAGCAAUAGUAAGCUGAAAGGACAUUUUGAGGUUUGGAGCUGCUUACAGGGUGCUGUUAUUCACAAUCAGGGAGUGUGUUUAAGUAGGCAAGAAUAUAACAUACAGCUGAAAUGAUUUUUUAACUUACGUGGAUAAUUUGAGACUAGCAGUUGAGCAGUGAAAGCGUUCUGCAGUGAUCAACUGUAAAUCCAGUUCUUUCUCCCAUGUAUACACUAUACUACAUUUGAGUUUGGCGUGAGCGCACUGAUAGAAUUCACUUCUGAAAGCACCUCUUUUCCUCACUGAAGCCGUUUGAUGGAAUCAUGAAUAAUAAGGUCUGUUUUGGAUAACACGGACACACAAACUACGCUAGAAGCUAAAGUCAAUGUAAAUAUGUUACAUGUAUAACAGAUAUUUUUGUAGAAUUUAUUUAAGCUAUGAUCUCUGGUAUUCUUAAUGUAUUUAAAGUUUGGAAAGUAUUGUGAUCUGUUUGGUGUGACUCAAGUAUUUCUUUUUUUUGUCUGAGUUGAAGUACUCUAUUGUACAAGAAUAAUUCAAUCAAGUGUUUUUUGAGUUUUAUGGCAGAAAUGUUGGUUGCUUUCUUAAAAUUCAUCAUCUCUUGCAGGAAUCUCUGUUGAGAUUCUACUGUGAAUUUUUCAUUUUGACAAUUUAAAAUAAAAUGUAGGAUUUGGGGUCUAAACAAUGGCCACGCCACAGGAAAUAUGUUUUUCUUUGUCUCUGCAUGUGUUGAAAAUGUGUAGUGAAAUGAUGUGGCACCUAAAGUUGGUAUUCCUAAAAUGUUUUAUUCAAAAGUCCAUUCUAACAGUGUUGAUCUGCAUUAACAUACAUUUGCAUGUUUGUCUGCAGCCUUGUAACAGACACUGAAUCUGACAUUUUGGGGAAAGUUCCUGAUUAAGCCAUUUUUCCAGUACCAGCUAAACUCGCCUCGACUCUGCAGAUAGUACCCCUCAAUGUAGCUGGUCGUCAAAGCAACACCACACAAUUGCAGUGACGUAAUAUUCAAUUCGAGACUCACACCAGUGAUCCACACAGCUUUCUCUUUUUAAAACGUUUCAACAUUCCUCAGAAUGUAAAGACAGAUAAGCGGUAUGAAAAGCUUCCAGCUGUGUUUUCCUCUGCCGUUGUUGCUGCAGCGGUCUGUGUGACGGCGGGAGCAGAGGGCUCUGUGAGCGGGCGGCAAGACAAGAAAACAGAGUUAAAUUGAAAGACCACAACCAUAGACAUACACUCCUGUGUCCCAUUUCAGGGGCUGCAUCCCUCAAAGUCUGCCUUUCAAAAGUAAUUCCACUAUACCCAGCCCAUUCUCAUUACCAGGACGUCAAAUAGCUAUGCUUUCUCAUGUCCUUCAGUGUCUGGUACCAACGCACAAGGCACCCUUUAACUAAUUUAAUUUAGCGCACUGGGGGAAGCUAAACAACACAAGAGUCUGAGUAAAUCCAAGUAAGGUGGUGGAUGGGUGUGCCAGAAACCGGACUUUCAUCCAGGAGACCUGUGUGUCCUUGUGUUCUUAAAAGUUGUCAGUGAUGGAAAUGUUGGGAAAUCUCUGCUCAUUAAAGGUGCCAUUUAAAUGGUGAAAGUUAUGUUAACAUUUAGCAUUACGCACCAAAAUGCAUUGCGUGUAUCCAUGAGGUCUAACAAACCUCUGGAGCGCAUUUGCUUCCUCAUCAAACCUUUGCAAUGCCGAUAUUUCUUAAACAUUUGAACCCUGCAUUGUUUAAAUCCUCAUUUGCUAGCUAGUGCUCUUCUUCUUCUUCUUUGACUUUGUUGGCACAUUGAUGCAUUUUUUUUUUUUUUUUGCAUUACCGCCCCCUGUCAAUCAGUGGAACAGUGUGAAACAAAUGUCUUGACCAAGCAUUCAUAUGUGAUGAGUUGGGAGGGAGAUCCUAUUGAAUUCUCGCAACGUGACUGCAGCUUUGACAUGGCAACCAAUCAAAAAAACGUGAAAUUACGCAAUGUGUCUGUUGCAACAUUCUUAGCACCCAUAAACACACACACUUUAUUAAGUAUAUUAUGGUACGUGCCACUUUUGCGCAAUGGCUAAUGCAUUUAUUCUUUUUUCCAUCUAGAUUCACAAAAGCUUCUUCACACAAUCUGCUGACAUGCCUCAAAAUUCAUAUCACAGAUUGUAGCCAAGGUUAUAUGUGUGUGUGUGUAUAUAUAUGCAUGCAGUAUACAGCGAACCUCGCCCAAUUUACAUAGGCCUUGAUUCUUUGUCUAUAUUGGUGCGCAGGUACAGCCCACUAGACCAGAGUCGUCCGAGUGACACACUUUUGCAGGCUGCAUCCUCUAAAAGAGUCAGCUGCUGAAAUGGAACUCUAACAAAAGCAGGAGUGUUUGUUUAACAAGGCGUUUAUCUUCACUUAUUUAAGGUGUGUUUUGUCAUUUUGGCCUGUUUUUAAUCCAUUUGGCUAUCACUGCUAAUUCUUUUCAUUAUACGUACUGAAUACAGCGUUCUCCCUCCCGAUCAUUUUUAUAACACAGUAUUCUAAGAUCUGAGUGAAAGCAAACGCUGGAAGUUCUUCCGUGUUCAUUGUGCCAGAAUAUUCUACAACACAUUUCAGUCCUGUUUCAUGUUCCAUACUGUCCUGCUCUCUGUGAGGCUGAAUUUGAUACAAUGCCAUUUUGCAGCAGCCAUUUUGUAUUUUGUGUGAAUAAGUCUUGACUGCCUUCUCCAAUCGGUUCCUCUGCAGAUUUUGGUCGUCACAGUCAGGGAAACACUUUGUACAUGUGUUAUGUGGCUAUCAAAUGGCUGUAAGUCUUCCUCACCAUUAACUACUGAAUGUACAGAAUAUGCAGAUUUUCAAAUGUACAGACCAAAAUGUGUGAAUAAACAAAUGUUUCUGGGUUGUUA